CGUAUUGUAAUCUUCCCAACUGAGGAAGCUGCACCGCUUGAGCCUGGAGUAGAGAAGUCAUGGAGAUGGAGGUUUCUGGGAUCAUUGGACCAAUGACCCUCGAGACUAGCAGAUGUGUUUCAUCCGAAUUUGUCCCUUGUCAAAGGGUCUUGGUGUGCCGCCGUAUCCUAUGGAGGCCAGUCGCAAUAGGUACUUAUAGCCUCAUGAAGCGAUUCCCAUUUGUCUAGCAAUCUCAUUCAUAUCCUACAACCCCACUCACAAGUCCUUACACGCAUCUGAUUGCUCCAUACAUUCAUUAUUAUGGCACCUCCAAUUGCCAUCUACAUUCUUUUUUCACUGUUAUUCAUCUCACACAUUUGUGUGAGCAGUUACGUUCCUUCAGAAAUUUCUCAACCGAAGAGACGCCAAGAAAACUUCCCCAGCUCCACAAUCCCACCACCCGGGAGUUUGGUCGUGCGCCAGACCAAUGCCAAGCAAGGGGAUUACAACACUAUCUCUGCCGCGGUAAAUGCGUUGAAGACAUUGAAAGGGCCUCAGGUUAUCUUUAUCGGCCCAGGUACCUACCAUGAACAAGUCCACAUCAAGUACAAGUAUCCUCUGCGGAUCCAAGGAUAUUCGUCUGACCCGAACUCCCUUACCGGUAAUCAAGUUACGGUACAAGUGGCAGUCAGUGCAGCAAGUCACAAUGGCGAAAAUGCGCCAAGUUCAGCCAUUUGGGUACAGAGUCCUCGUUUUGAAAUGCAUAAUGUAAAUGUCAUCAAUUCAUUUGGCACAGGGACCGACACUCAAGCAGUGGCCUUGACAGCUCAGGGAGAGAAACACGUCUAUAAAUAUUGCCUCUUCACUAGUUACCAGGACACUCUUUUGAUUAAAGCAGCCUCUUCUUACUUCUAUGGAUGUCGAGUUGAAGGCGCAGUCGAUUUCAUCUUCGGCAGCGGAUCGGCUUGGUUUGAGAUGGCCGAUAUAGUUGUCAAGCCGCCUAAACAUUUUGCAACUAUUACGGCACAGCGAAGAGCGCAAGGAGGCAACACGAUGUUUGUGUUCAACAAAAGCAAAGUGCUCCCAUUCAGCCAGGACACCCAACCCAACUCAGUGUACUUUGGCAGACCAUGGUCACCGUAUUCUGCCGUGACUUUCCAGUCUUGCUAUUUGAGCAACAUCAUCAAUCCUCUUGGAUGGAUCCCUUGGAACGAAAGCUCAGAUCCUCGAACUCAGCACGUUACCUACCAAGAAUUCAACAACUACGGCCCUGGUUCGCCCACUCAAAAACGCCAAAUGAGCUCCAUGAGAUCUGAACCUGUGAAAAUAUCAGACGUUUUAGGCUCCGAUUACGCAUCAUGGGCUCAUUGAAAGACCGAUUGAUAUAUUGGCACCCUCUCUCCCCAGUAUUGAUAGAUUCACAUUGCUUGCCGAUUGCCGCGUUAUCACCCCCCUCCCAGGAUUUGCACACAAGACGCACCGAACUUUCCAACCCAUUUUCUUUUGAAUCUCCACAUCACUCUCUUCUCCC